UUGUCUCCUCAGUGCAACAACACCUGCUCAAGAUGGCAAACAGGCAAGUUGGCAAGAAGGUCAUCCAGUGGUCGCAGAUUGCGGCGCGACUGCCUGCCUUCAACGCUCCCGAGGUCAACCUCAUCCAGGAGAAGUACACCAACGUCAAGGCCGGUCUGGCGCGUGUGCCUGAGCAGCCUCCAGCCGUCGACUGGGAGAAGUACAACAACCUCAUCACAUACCCCAACUACGUCAAGGACCUCCGCAAGCAGUAUGAGUCCCUGAAGUUCACAUACCCGGAAGACUCGUCGAGUGCCACCAUUGCCGCUGACGAGAAGGCUGCGAUUGCUCGUUCCAAGGAGGUUGCCAAGGCUGCCGAGCAGAAGAUUGCUGAGCUUGAGCAGCAGCUGGCUGCCCUCAAGGCCGAGAAGCCCCUCGACCAAGUCACGGUUGAUGAGGUUCUUGCCACCAAGCCCGAAUGGAAGCGCCGCUUCCAGGACGAGAUUGAGGCCGGCAAGUGGGACUAGACUCACUCUGUCCCUCAUACGCUUCGCAGUCUUUGUUCCUUUUCGUGAUGCUGUACGCUGCACGUCCACCCAAAACCUCUCGUCCCACGUCUGUUGUCUCAAUGUUGUGUGAUAUGAUUAGUGCCGCUCAAACGGCUAGUUGUUUUGUGUGGUGUAAACGUGCGUGAAUGUGGCGUGAGUGACACGGUCAGGCGCAGCUCGUUCGCAUGAGCAUGUGCGUGUCUGUGUGUGCAUGCGUUUGCUGUUGGUCUUUGGUACUUGUCUUGUCUCCUCUUCCCCUCCGCUCCUUGCUGUUUGUCUCGCCCUCCCCCACGCUGUGGCUAAUGUGGUUCCAAUGCCCUGGGGGAUUGGCUCUUGCUCUGUGUUGUGCACCACCAUUUACGGUACCAGCAACACUUACCCAAAGAUGGUCGUGUGUACACAAAGGGCGAGAGGAAUAAGAGGGUG